AUGGUGUUGAUCAUCAACAACAAAAUCGAUCCUCCUGGAUUUCUCAAGCCACUCGCUGUGGAAACUGGCGAAUCAUCUAAAGAGAAGGUUCCUGAGGAGAUAAUUGUUCUCUCAGAUAUUGAAGAAGAAAACAAAAUUGAAUACCCUAUUGUUGAAAAACCUUUACCAUUAGUCUCUGUGAAAAAGAAACAUGUUGAUCCAGUUGAUGAUUUACCUUCUGAUAUUUCUGCCCAGAAUGUGAAUUCUUCAAUAUCUGUUGAUCCUAACUCUGCACCCAGAAAUCCACAAGAGAAACAGGUAGCGGAUGAAGAUGAUGGAGGAAACAACAUACCCCUGUCUCAGAUCAGAAAAUCCAAAGAAAAGGCAAAAGGAAAGACGAAAGUGACUGAAGGUGAAGCUGAUACAAACCUAGUAAGAAUUGCUGCAAGAUGGGAUUUUGUUGAUAAAAGCAAAAUUUUUAGUGAGAGAUUUCUGGGCGUAGAAAAGUUCAAAUCCCAAUGCCAACUCCUACCAGUAUUUGAGAAAAUCCAAUUGAUGAGGUCAGUCACAAAUCUGAAAGACUAUCCACCCAUUGCCAUCAAAGAGUUUUAUGCAAAUCUCAUGCCAACCAUCAAGCAAGCAGGGUCAACCCAGUAUGGGCGUGUCUGGCUACGAGGAAAAUCCUACACUUUCACAUCCACCACCACAAAUAUGUAUUUUGGCAUUGAUGCAGACGAUAUUGAUGAUCCAGUUAUGGGUGCAAAUACGAUUACAAAGAUCAUCACUGGAGGGACUUACAGCUAUUGGCCCACUGAAACCAACAUGCUGCCUGCGAAGUCACUUACUACCAAGCACGCAAUUCUGCAUAAGAUUGCAAUGAACAACUGGAUGCCAAGUGAGCAUAGAGGAGCAUUGAACCUUCAAAUGGCUAAUUUGAUAUACAGAAUUGGUAAGGGCAUUCCAGUUGACCUUGGUGACCUCAUUUCAAACAAGUGA